GGCAGGAAAGAGGACGUAGGAAGGGGGGGGGGCAGUGGCUUAGUGGGACGUCCCACGGCAAAUGUCCUGCGUGGAAAAAGUGUCGAGGUGUUCAGAUCCCCCCGACGCUGACUUCUCCGCUGGUUCUCUGCUCUCUGAAAGCUCGACUUUUACGAUGAAGGUGUGGAUCGUCUUCCUCGUCUGCCUGGCAGGACAUGCCAUGGCUGCCCCUACAGAGGAGGAGCCCAUGGAUGAGGAGCUGGUGGUGGAUGAGGCCAUCGUGGAGGAUCCAGUCGUGGAGGAGCUGGAAGUGGGGGCCAACCCAGUGCAGGUGGAGAUUGGAGAGUUUGACGAGGCCAUCGAGGUUGAGGAAGAUGUUGCUGAGAACCCAUGCCUGCAGCACCACUGCAAGAAGGGCAAAGUGUGCGAGGUGGACGAGAGCAACACCCCCAUGUGCGUGUGUCAGGACCCCUCCACCUGCGCCCCCGCCGAGGGACCAUUCGAGCACGUUUGCGGCACCGACAACAAGACCUACGACACUUCCUGCCACUUCUUUGCCACCAAGUGCGCCCUGGAGGGAACCAAGAAGGGUCACAAGCUGCACCUGGACUACAUCGGACCCUGCAAAGACAUCGAGCCCUGCCUGGAUAACGAGCUUAACGAGUUUCCUCUUCGCAUGAGGGACUGGCUGAAGAACGUCUUGGUGACCUUGUACGAACGCGACGAGGACAACAACCUGCUGACGGAGAAGCAGAAGCUCAGGGUGAAGAAGAUCUACGAGAACGAAAAGAGACUCCAGGCCGGCGAGCAUACCCUGGACUUGCUGGCCCAUGACUUUGUCAAGAACUACAACAUGUACAUCUUCCCGGUCCACUGGCAGUUCGGGCAGCUCGACCAGCACCCCACCGACGGCUACCUGACGCACACCGAACUGGCCCCCCUGCGCGCUCCCCUCAUCCCCAUGGAGCAUUGCACCACGCGCUUCUUCGAGGAGUGCGACGCCGACAGCGACAAGUACAUCGCCCUGGAGGAGUGGGCCGCCUGUUUCGGCAUCAAGGAGCAGGAUGUGGACCAAGACCUCGUCAUCUAAGCUCCGCCCACCACCAGCAGCAGCAGCAGCGCCACAGCUAGUUGCUUCUUUCGGGAAGAGGUGCUAUUAAUUAAGAAAAAAAAGUCACUUUGGUGCUAAUUGCCUUUAUCUUUGCUACCUAUACCACUAAAAAAAGUUUCAAAAAAAACACGUACUAACAUUAUUUCAGUAAACAUAAUUUUUUUAUUUAAAUAUGUUUGAGGACGUCCAAUCAACAACAAGUCCACAAUAAGGUUUGGAAAUAAAUAAUAAUAAUAAUAAUAAUAAUACUAAUAAUAAUAAAUUCGCUGCGCUUUGCUUUCUGCUGCUUCAUGUACUUUGGUUGUGUUAUUUUUGUGGCCGACUACUGUGCUGUCUGGUUGCCAUGGAUACGGAGAACGCACGUGUUCAAAUAAAGAACACUGAAACGUUACACGAGGGGGAAAUCUCGCAGGCUGAGAGUUUUUUUUUUUGGUUUUGUUUUUUUUUUUAUCAACAAAAUGUUUCUUCUGACAACAGCAGUAAAAGCUUCCUUGAAGAAAUAAAAUA